AUGCAAAUAAUGCGGUGUGUGGGCUAUGGUGGAGAGAGAUAAGAAGCUUUGUCGUUUCUGCGUCCACCUGUCCACUGUCACUGUUCCUGUCUCUCUGCUUCUCUGCUCAUUCCAAAUGGAACGCCUCUUUUCCGUUCAAUUAUCAUCAUUAUAACAAACACUCUCUAAUUACUUUCCCUAACUAUUAUCUAAGCUUUUCUGAUGAAGUUGAAUGCAAAAUCUCUUUCUUCACGGUGGGAAUGGGAUAACCUAUCCUUUUUCAAUACAAAAGAAAUUCAAAAUUCAAAAUCACAACCACCGAAUCGGAGUAUCGAAUUAGAUCGAGAAAACAAUGUCGAGUUGUUCGAUACGCCCAAUGGAAGUGGUUGCUCUGGGUCUGAGUUAAUUCAUAAUUCAUGUUCAAUUGGUUCAUCAUCAAAUAGGGAUAAGGAUAAUAGCAAAACAUGUAUAUUUGCUUUUGAAAAUUCCCAUGAUUUCAAUGAUAAAAUAGAAUUAUCUAGAGAAGAUCCAAUGGAAAGUUCUAAUGCACCGGAGCUUUCUUCUGUAUCUGGUGAACCAUUGCUCACUCUAAAACUCGGUAAACGGAUGUACUUUGAGGAUUUAUGCCCAGAAAGUGAUCCCAAAAACUUAUCUUUUUUUGGGGAUUCCAUGUCAAAUUUAAGUAUUGGAAAGAAAUGUAAGUCAAUUGGUCGGAACUUACAAUGUUCGCAUUGUCAAGUUGAAGGUUGUGGCCUUGACCUUUCAUCGGAGAAAGAUUAUUAUCGCAAACAUAGAGUUUGUGAAAGUCAUUCAAAAUCUCCUAAAGUGGUGAUAGCUGGUUUGGAACGUCGAUUUUGCCAGCAAUGUAGCAGGUUCCAUGCUCUUUUUGAGUUCGAUGAAAAAAAGAGAAGCUGUAGACGACGUCUUUCGCAUCACAAUGCAAAGCGCCGCAAACCUCGUCCGCUUGAUAUUGUCCAAUCAAGUCAAUCGGCUCUGUCUUCUUCACGAUGUGAUGGAGAGCAACAGAUAAGUCCAUUUUCGUAUUCAAAGACUGCUACAAACUUGGCCUUGCAAAACAUAGACAACAACAUGCUCCUCCAAACAAAAGAUUUUCUCUUGAAGCCUGCAAACGAUAACGUUGAUGCACCGAGUUCUGUCACCAUGCUUUCUGACGAUUCUAAUGUCAAUUUUACAUCCAAAGUCAUUGCAACCAAGAGUAUCAAUCCAGGUGUAGAAGAUUUCAUUACCUUUUCUGAUACAAAUGCAACACAAGACUUUACUUGUGCUCUCUCUCUUCUGUCAACCAAUCCGUGGGAUUCAUAUGCGACUCAAUCUAUUUCUCUAGAACAUUCUAAUCGCACAAGCACUUGUUUUCAAGCCAUAACACAUGCAAUGAGUCAGGGCACGCCGCUUGCUUCAUCAGAAUAUAUUAGUGAACAUGAUCAACAUGUCAAUUCCAGCGUGUGGAUCUCAAACUCAAACUGUGAAGAAAGUAUUCACUUUCAAGAAUUUCAACUGUCGAGAGAACCUUAUGAAUCUGGUUUUCACCCGUUGGACUAAAACGAAUGUUCUUACCCCAAAUAGUUUCAAUCUAACAACGUUACAGACAAGGUAGAUUUCAUCUCAUGAUUUCUGAUAUGUUGGACUAAUAACAAAAUGGGAAGCCGUUCUGGAAAUAUUUUUGCCUGGUUAACUGCAUUUUCAGAUUGCCGGAGCUUAAUAUGAUCACAUCAAAAGUCAUUUUCUGUCAUUUUAGAGCUCAUUUGGAUUUUAUUUUCAUUAUUAUGAUUUAAAUCUUAAUGACAAAAAUAUCAUAUUUCUGUAUUAAAACUUUUGUAUGAUCAAUAGAAGAAUUUUUGUAUGAUCAACCGUAGUUUUUCUGUCCGUUUCCAUACAGUUUUGAAAACAGGAAAUAAGAUGAAAAUGGGAUGAUAUUUUUAUAAUUCCA